GCCGCACAGUGGAGUAUUUGUACCAAAAUCCUGGCCAAAAAAGAAAAAAAAUAUAUUUCGUUUAGUCACAGCAGAAAUGGUAUUUUCUUGUUGCCUAAUCACAUGCGCGUCGAGCAGGGUCUCUUUUGGUACCAUGAGUCAUAUCCGGUGACUGCUACGCUUAGUUGAAGAGUUGAUGUCUAUGUGUGCGGACGUGCUUGUGCUAGAGAGUUCACCGUUCGUGUUCUUCAACAUACGUGUUUCUACUAGCUGUUAGGAUUGACAUAUUGUCAUGAAAUUUCGUACAGCUGUUAAAUAAGGUUCCGAACAAGGAAAAGGAAUUUACGAGAAUGUCAUUAUAUGAACUACUCCGGGAAUCUCCAAACAGGUGCAUUGUUGAAAAGCUUCAUUUUAUGGAACACAGAGCUGACAUAGCAAAGUGCCCAGAAGAUGAGAGAAAGUCAUUAAGUCGCUUACUCAGGUAUUUUAAAGCUGAUUUUAAGAAAAGGUGGUCUUUAGCUAAUAACAAAGAGUAACGGUUUCUCCAGAACAAUGGUAAAUGGUUAUCGCAUACCAUUAAGGUGCCCAACUUUUCAUCAACUACCUCAGGUCGCGGUCGUCCUACGAAGGACUUCAUUGAGUCAAGUGAGAGGACAAAACGCAGGAAAACAGAAGAACUCAGUCAACAGUUCACCCCUGAAGAACUAACAUAUGCUGCAUCAAUGAAUCACAGAGUUUCAGGAAAUUCUGAUGCUGCUGAUUUAAUGAAAAAAAUCACUGAGACUCCAACAAGGGCUAGUAAAAUUAAAACAAAUCUAUUGUCAAACAGAAAUUCAGUAAAAAAACACAACCCUUCAGAAGCAUUGUCUAUUUUUGUUCAAGCGGAAUUAACAAAACAGCAAUAUCAAGUAAUUUAUAGUGCAAACAAAAAUGUUUACUCUUGCUAUUCACUGCUCACAAAAGCAAAAAAAGAAUGUUACCCAAGCAAAGACUCCAUUGUCGUUUCUGAAACAAAAGCAGAAGUUAAGUUACAGUCUUUAUUGGAUCACAUCUCUUCAAGGUUAUGCAAAUACUUAGAAGAAGUGUUACAGGUACUGUCGUCAGAAGAAAAACCAAAUUUGGAAUUAAUCUCAAAAUGGGGGUGCGAUGGUUCUCAGCAAACACAGUUCAAACAAAAAUUUGAAAACAUAGCUGAUAGUGAUGCCAAUAUUUUUCAAAGCUCAUGUGUGCCCAUAAAAUUAAUUGCUAAUAACCAUACAGAGAAAAAAAUUAUAUGGCAGAACCCAACACCUUCCUCCACAAGAUUCUGUAGGCCAAUUCGCAUCCGUUUUGUACAUGAAACUGCAGAUGUUACUCUUCAUGAAAUAAAGUACAUUCAGGAACAAAUAAAAACAUUGAAAGAAACAGAAGUGCCAAGUUUUCAUGGAGCUGUGAAGAUUCGACACACUUUACUGUUAACAAUGGUUGACGGAAAAGUCUGCAAUGCUGCAACUGGCACGACAUCGACAAUGAGGUGUUACAUCUGUGGAUCUACAUCAAAAGAUGUUAACAAAUUAUGUAAGGAUUUCACAGAAAACCCCAAUACUUUAACGUUUGGACUGUCCCCUCUGCAGACACGGAUCAGGUUUUUGGAAUCAAUUUUGCGUUUGUCAUACAGAAUACCAAUUAGCAUUUGGCAAGCAAUAAGUAAAGAACAGAAGAGAAUUGUUGCGGAUACUAAAAUGAACAUUCAAAAAAUGCUUAAAGACGAACUUGGAUUAUUGGUUGAUGUUCCAAAGCAAGGAUUUGGAACUACGAAUGAUGGGAACACAUCAAGACGCUUCUUUGCAGAACCAGACACUGCAUCACGAAUUACUGGCGUGAAUGUUGAACUUAUUAAAAGUUUAAAAGUAAUAUUGGAAGCUAUUUCAAGUGGGCACCAUAUUGAUGAGACGAAAUUUCAUAAGUAUGCUUAUGAAACAGCCAAGCUAUAUGUGAGCCUCUAUAGUUGGCAUCCCAUGAUUCCAACAAUGCACAAAGUAUUGCUGCACGGAGCUGCAGUUUUUAAAGAAGCUAUUCUGCCUAUAGGCCAGCUAUCAGAAGAAGCUGCUGAGGCUAGGAACAAACAUUUCCGGAUGUACAGGACGAAGUAUUCCCGAAAAUUUAACAGAGAAGUGUGCAACAGAGAUGUCCUCAAUAGGCUGCUGUUAACCAGUGAUCCUUUUUUGAGCUGCUCCACACAGAGGCGAAGGAAAACAACUAAGCCAUAUAGCAGCGAGACUCUGGAGCUUCUUCUGCCAGAGAUGGCUGAAAUUCGUUCUACCAAAAGAAGCGAAGAUGGGUGCGAUGAAGAAGCUGAAUAUAAUUACGAGGAAGCAGAGGAGAACCGUAGCUGUAGCUCCGAAGACUCGGAUUAACACAGUGCGCGUUCAUCGUAAAGACACAAGAAAUUACAAUGAAGGCUGAGAAUAAACUGAACUCAUUUUUGUAAAUAACUUAUCAUCUAUAAAGACUGGUGUGAAUACAGAAGUAAAUGUAAAAUGAAUCAGCAAUGUGAAUAGCUUUCCACUUAAUAGGCUUUGCUUUUAUUUUAUUGUUGAAUCCAGUUGUUCUUUGGUGCACAAGAGCUUCAUUUAAGUGUUUUAUUGCAAAAAUAGUUCACAAAAAGUCGUCUAUACUGUUUGACUUCAAAUAAUCAAAAAAAUAUUUUUGGCCAGGAUUUC